AUGACGUUCAAAUCGUUGCCAAUGAAUAUCAGAGGCCGCAAGCAGAUUCAGGUUCCCUCCCCUGCAUUUGGCACUUGGACUGUAGAUGGUUGGAAAUCAACCGGUGACCCGCAGAAAACAAUCCAGGGAAGUUGCACAGCUCUCCAAGCUGGAUGUCGUCAUCUUGACUGUGCAUGGGAAUACAACGUAGAUAUUGAGGCUGGCGAGGCGAUUCGCCAGUCCGGUGUCCCACGCAAAGAGAUAUUCGUCACCCAUAAACUGUGGUCCACCUUUCUUGCUCCUGAAAAUGUGGAGCUUGGGUUGGACCUGGCUCUCGAACGAAUGGGACUCGAAUAUGUCGAUUUGUUACUCAUCCACCACCCUGUCGCAAUCAAGUCAACCGGGGAUCUCCGUGAGGCGUGGAUUGGCGAGGAGGCAACGCUGGAGGAUCAGGGCUCUGCAGCUGACGAGAAGGGCAACUUCGUUCCAGACCUGGAACAUUGUCCAGCAGCGGUGGCUGCGCUCAAUGGGGGUGUAGGCAGUAUUAUUCCGACAUGGAAUGCGAUGAAGGCAUUGGUUCGCUGUGGGAAGGCUCGAGCAAUUGGAGUUUCGAACUUCGACAUUGAGCAUGUACAAGAGAUACUCGGUGCCCAGAGUGACUCCGACGACGAAGUCCCGCUUUCAUGCAACCAGAUCGAGUGUCACCCCUGGUUUCCCAAUCAGCGACUGGUUGACUUCCUACAGGCGCAUGACAUCCUGGUAAUGGCGUACAGUCCAUUUGCGUCCUUCAAAUACGAGACUGGAGUCUUCCCGCCUCCACUGUUUGCUCCUUACGGAACGACCCUAUUGAAAGACGAAACAGUCGAACGGAUCGCAACCAAGAAUGGUUUGAGCGCCAGUCAAGUCUUGCUAAGCUGGGCAGCUCAACGGUCUACACUGCCAAUAUUUAGGAGUCGCUCCUCAAAUCAUCAACAGGAGAACCUUUUAUUCAAGGAGUUGCCGCAGGAGGAUGUUCAAGCACUGGCAACUUUGGAACUGGACAAUAAAAUGGGCAAGAGCACGCUACCAAUGCUCUUUCCAGAAAUCAAGGUAUAUGACUGGUAG